ACAAUGUUUUUUUUUUGUCGGUGACUGAAGUAUGCAGCAAUGUGUUAGCCGACGGGCCCGGUUUACGAAAUACCUUCCGUUAACUAGAAAGUACUCAUAUAUUCUGCCUGAUUUGGGGUAAGUGAUAGACAGCCAAAGGUCGGAGCAUCAUCAGCUUCCCGCCUUCCUAACCCCAGCCUACUGGGAACAGUCCCAUGGAUGCUUGUUUGCUAAUGAGGAUUUACAGAUGUUUAUAAUCCCUUAAAGACAAAUACUACUUUGUUAGCCAAUUACUUGUCAACACAGACGACAAAGACAGAAAGCACCCCAGCAGCUCAGGAUGACAGACCCAGCAUUACGCAGGGUGGUGAGCGACAUCAUCCGAUCCCCAGAGGACAAACGGGUCUACAGGGGUCUGGAGUUCACCAACGGCCUGAAAGCGAUGCUCGUCAGCGACCCCACCACAGACAAAUCCUCUGCUGCAUUGGAUGUCCAUAUCGGAUCACUCUCUGACCCUCCCAAUAUAUCAGGCCUGGCCCACUUCUGUGAGCACAUGCUGUUCCUGGGUACAGAGAAGUACCCAAAGGAGAAUGAAUACAGCCAGUUUCUCAACGAGCAUGCAGGCAGUUCCAAUGCCUUCACCAGUGGGGAGCACACCAACUACUACUUUGAUGUGUCCCAUGAACACCUGCAGGGGGCGCUGGACAGGUUUGCCCAGUUCUUCCUCUGCCCGCUUUUUGACGAGAGCUGCAAGGACCGGGAGGUGAAUGCAGUGGACUCAGAGCACGAGAAGAACCUGAUGAAUGAUGCUUGGAGGUUGUUCCAGCUGGAGAAGGCCACUGGCGACCCCAACCACCCCUUCAGUAAAUUUGGAACAGGUAACAAGCUGACGUUAGAGACGCGGCCGUCUAAGGAAGGGAUAGAUGUUCGUCAGGAGCUGUUGAAGUUCCACUCCACGUACUACUCCUCUAAUCUGAUGGGGCUCUGUGUCCUGGGCAGAGAAUCUUUGGACGAGCUCACAGCCAUGGUGGUCAAGCUCUUUGCCGAGGUAGAGAACAAGAAUGUGCCCCUCCCAGAAUUCCCAGAACACCCCUUCCAGCAGGGCCACCUUAGGCAAUUUUACAAGGUGGUGCCCAUCAAAGAUAUCAGGAACCUGUACGUUACCUUCCCCAUCCCAGACUUGCAGAAGUACUAUAAGUCCAAUCCGGGUCAUUAUUUGGGCCACCUGAUUGGCCAUGAGGGCCCAGGGAGUCUGCUUUCCGAGCUGAAAGCCAAAGGCUGGGUGAACACACUCGUAGGAGGUCAGAAAGAGGGAGCCCGGGGAUUCAUGUUCUUCAUCAUCAAUGUGGACUUGACAGAGGAGGGUCUAUUACACGUCGAAGACAUCGUCUUCCACAUGUUUCAGUACAUCCAGAAGCUCCGCACUGAAGGGCCUCAGCAGUGGGUGUUCCAGGAGUGUAAAGACUUGAAUACAGUGGCCUUCAGGUUCAAAGACAAGGAGAGACCUCGUGGGUACACCUCCAAAGUAGCCGGUUUACUGCAUUACUACCCCCUGGAGGAGGUACUGGCAGCUGAGUACUUGCUGGAGGACUUCAGGCGGGACCUGAUUGAGAUGGUGCUGGACAAGCUGAAGCCAGAAUAUGUCAGAGUUGCAGUAGUUUCCAAGUCAUUUGAAGGACAGACCGAUAAGACAGAAGAAUGGUACGGCACGCAGUACAAACAGGAGGCCAUUUCAGAUGAGGUCAUCAGGAAAUGGCAGAACGCAGACUUGAACGGCAAGUUUAAACUACCCAUGAGAAAUGAGUUUAUUCCCACCAAUUUUGAGAUCUACCCACUAGAAAAAGAUUCUCCGUCGUUUCCUGUCCUUAUAAAGGAUACUGCCAUGAGUAAAGUUUGGUUCAAGCAAGAUGACAAGUUCUUCUUGCCCAAGGCCUGUCUGAAUUUUGAAUUCUUCAGCCCGUUCGCUUAUGUGGACCCAUUGCAUUGUAACAUGGCCUAUUUGUACCUUGAGCUGCUCAAGGACUCUCUCAACGAGUAUGCAUAUGCAGCCGAGCUAGCCGGCUUGAACUAUGACCUGCAAAAUACCAUCUAUGGAAUGUAUUUGUCUGUGAAAGGAUACAAUGAUAAGCAACACAUUCUCCUCAAGAAGAUCAUUGAGAAAAUGGCCACCUUUGAGAUUGACGAGAAGCGAUUUGACAUCAUUAAAGAAGCAUACAUGCGAUCCCUGAACAACUUCAGGGCGGAACAGCCUCACCAGCACGCCAUGUACUACCUGCGUCUGCUCAUGACGGAGGUGGCCUGGACUAAAGAUGAGCUGAAAGAGGCUCUUGAUGAUGUCACUCUACCUCGCCUUAAGGCCUUCAUACCUCAGCUGUUGUCACGGUUACACAUUGAAGCUCUUCUCCACGGCAACAUUACCAAACAGGCUGCUUUAGGCAUGAUGCAGAUGGUUGAAGACACUCUCAUUGAGCAUGCUCACACCAAGCCCCUCCUCCCCAGCCAGCUAAUUCGCUACAGAGAGGUGCAGGUUCCCGAUGGAGGGUGGUACGUCUACCAACAGAGGAAUGAGGUCCACAACAACUGUGGCAUUGAGAUCUACUACCAGACGGACAUGCAGAACACUCACGACAACAUGCUACUGGAGCUCUUCUGUCAGAUCAUCUCGGAGCCCUGCUUUAACACACUGCGUACCAAGGAGCAGCUGGGAUACAUUGUGUUCAGCGGGCCCCGACGCGCCAAUGGCGUCCAAGGCUUGCGUUUCAUAAUCCAGUCAGAGAAGGCGCCACACUACCUGGAGAGCAGGGUGGAGGCCUUCCUGCAGACCAUGAUGAAGUGUGUGGAGGACAUGAGCGAGGAGGCUUUUCAGAAACACAUCCAGGCCCUGGCUAUUCGCCGUCUGGACAAACCCAAGAAGUUGGCCGCAGAGUGCUCCAAGUACUGGGGGGAGAUCAUCUCCCAGCAGUACAACUUCGACAGAGAUAAUAUUGAAGUUGCUUAUUUGAAGACAUUGAGUAAAGAAGAUAUAAUGCAGUUUUACAGGGAUCUGCUGGCUGUAGAUGCACCCAAGAGACACAAGGUUUCCGUGCACGUGCUUUCCCGGGAGAUGGACUCCUGUCCUGUGGUGGGGGAGUUCCCGUGCCAGAACGACGUUAACCUGGCUCCGGCCCCCUCCCUGCCACAGCCCAUCCUGGUGCAGGACAUGACGGAGUUCAAACGGAGCCUGCCGCUUUUCCCGCUGGCCAAGCCGCACGUCAACUUCAUGGCCGCCAAACUGUGAAAGAGUCGCUCCCUGCUCAUGCCUCACCCCGCUGCGAACAGAGGCCCCCCCGGGAAUGCGAGAAGGCCGCCUGUCUGAGUCCGCGGGGGGGGGGGGGGGGGGGGGGGGGGGCGCUCGUUUGAGCACGAUCAUGAAUUUGACAAAAUAUAGCCGCACAGGUGUCAUUUUAAAGAGUUGUCUUUAGAACUAAAGUACACAUAGGGUGAUACAGAGGAGGACAAAUGAAUACUAAGCUUGAAAUCAAUAUCAUUGUCCAGUUGAUUGGUUAGGGCUGGGGGGUGUUAUUGACGUGCAGCAUGCAGGAAGAAGCUGCUUUGGUGAGAUUUAGCUAUUGUUUUGUAGUGCUGUAAAGCUGUCGUGUGAUUUUAGGAGGCUUGUUUGAGGGAUAGAGGGACAAUUUCAGGAGUGCUGGACUUUUGAACUUUCUUUUGUUCCCCAUUUUUUUGGGUUUUGUAUAUUUAUGACUGUUAGGCAUGGUAAAUGUGUUCAUUUCAAAUCCCUUUCAUUAUUACAAAUAUAUUCAUGCAGAGUAAAAUGGAAGAUCAUUCUGUAGCAGCCUUUAUGGACGUUUUUAAAAUCUUUGUACAAGCUUUGAAGGCAGACUGAUUUUUAUUUAUACAGAGUGUUGGCACCCUUCUGAGAAGCUGGUUUUAAACUGCCUACCAGAUGAGAUGGAUUUGAUCCUCCCUUUAACCACUGUUUCCGUCUUCAUAGCUUGUUCUCAGGGCUACGCACAUCUGGGCUCGGUUUUAUCUGAAAAUUACAAUAAAACAUUUUAAACAUUCUU